AUGACUCUUGGUUCAGCCUGACGAAUCUUGUCAUGGGCGGCGUUGCUGGGAUAGGUGCCGUUGUUGCGGCACCCGUUGUGCUAGGGGCAGCUGGGUUUGGAGCCGCUGGUGUUGCGGCCGGAUCGUUGGCGGCUGCCGUUCAGGGACCAGCAGUUGUUUCCGGGAGUGCAUUUGCGCUUGCGCAGAGUGCAGGUGCGGCUGGUCUUGGAGUCGGGGCUAAGGCCGCAUUGUUUAUGGGAGGGGCGGCUGCUGGGUCUGCAGCCAGCAAGAAGAACGAUGAUGAAUAAACACAUUUGUCAACUGUUAUAUUUUGUUUCCAUUAAAUACACUGUGCUUAUAGUUAUAUUUCAAUUGUUUAGACCACCUUGAAUAUAUAAUUAAAAAUAUGUAAAGGUUUAAACACUUUAAAUUGAAAAAAAGUUCUACUUAUUGAAUUAAAUGGUGUAUUCAUUGCUAAGGCAACCGUAAAGAGAAUUAUUAUUAUUUAAUCCUAUUAACUUGAUUAUAUUAAGACAAUGCAAAUAAGUAUCAACUUUUGUUACAAUCCAGUUAUGUUUAUUCAUUAGCUUUCAAACUAUUAGUUGUUGUAUAUCGUUGCAUCUCUUUUUUAUUAUACGUUUGAACUUCAAUAUAACCAACAUUUAUUCAACACUCAACUGUAAUAAAGCUUCUUUGAAAUGAAAUAAGUUUAUUUUCAUUCAUACAUAGAUUCGGGUCCGUGUAUAAACCGUCUUUUCGUUUUUCGUUUUUACAAUUGAAAGUAUAACACGAAAAAGGAACAUAAAUAUCAUUUUUGGUUUUUCUAAUGAUUGAAUAGAAAACUAAAAUUUAUAGACUUGAAAGAGCGAUGUUGACUGGGAUCAAAAUAUAUACAACCGUUGCCUGAACACGGGUUUCAAAACUCUAAUCCCCAUUGCCACAUCUUGAAAAUUAUUCUACUUAAAC